AUGGAUUCCAGCAUUGCUGAACGUCGACUUAACGCCAUUCACGGUCACCUUGUCCCCGUCGUCGUCGUCGGUGCCGCUUCUCAUUUCAACGACCUCCGUUCUAAUCCAACCGCCGGCGAAUUCCUCUGUGCAGAGAAGGGUUAUAGUGUCGUGCUGCCAGAGAAACUGCAGACAGGAAAAUGGAAUGUAUACAGAUCUGCUUGCUCUCCGUUUAAGCUUGUGACUAGAUUUCCUGAUCAUCCUGAUAUUGGUACUUUGCAUGAGAAUUUUGUACAUGCAGUUGAUACCUUCCGAGAUUACAAAUAUCUUGGUACAAGAAUUCGAGUCGAUGGUACAAUUGGAGAGUACAAGUGGAUGACAUAUGGAGAAGCUGGAACUGCCCGGGCGGCCAUUGGUUCUGGCCUACUAUUUCAUGGAAUCCCGAAGGGCUCUUGUGUUGGCUUUUAUUUCAUCAAUAGACCAGAGUGGCUCAUUGUUGAUUAUGCUUGCUCUGCAUAUUCCCUUGUAUCAGUUCCUUUGUAUGACACUUUAGGUCCAGAUGCUGUCAAGUACAUUGUUAAUCAUGCUGAUGUGAAAGCUAUAUUUUGUGUGCCUCAAACACUGAAUUCUGUGGUUGGAGGAAUGGACAAUGAAUUGCCUUCAUUGCCACCUUCAACUGAUAUUCAGAUUGUGACAUAUGCAAAAUUAUUAAGUGAGGGCCGCGGUAACCCCCAACCUUUUUCCCCACCAAACCCAAAUGAUGUUGCAACCAUUUGCUACACUAGUGGUACAACUGGAACACCAAAGGGAGUUGUGCUGACCCAUGGAAACUUGAUUGCAAAUGCUGCUGGAUGCAGCAUUGCUACAAAAUUUUACCCCUCAGACAUAUAUAUAUCAUAUCUUCCUUUGGCACACAUUUAUGAACGAGGUUAUCAGGUUCUUUUAGCAUAUUUCGGAGUUGCAGUUGGAUUCUACCAGGGGGCAUCAGUCUUACCAUUUGGUACUGCAUAUGCUGUAGAUGUGGAAAACUCUCAUGAUAACAUGGAAUUAAUGAAUGACCUGGUUGCACUACGACCAACGAUAUUUUGCAGUGUCCCUAGACUUAUUCUCAGUGCUGUAAAGUCUUCUGGUUCUCUGAAGGAGAGACUUUUUAAUGCCGCCUACAAUUCCAAGAGGCAAGCAAUAAUGAAUGGUAUACAUUUACGUCUUGAUAUUUGUGUCUUUCCUUUUUGUCCCUUGCUGGAAGGAAAUAAUCCUUCACCCCUGUGGGACAAAUUGGUGUUCAACAAAAUAAAGGCCAAACUCGGAGGACGAGUUCGUUUCUUUUCUUCAGGUGCUUCACCCUUGUCUCCUGACAUCCUAGACUUCUUGAAGAUCUGCUUUGGUGGUCGAGUAUUGGAAGGAUAUGGAAUGACCGAGUCUUCAUGUGUUAUAAGCAUGAUGGAUGAGGGUGACAAUCUUUCUGGCCAUGUUGGCUCUCCUAAUCCGGCUUGUGAAAUAAAGCUUGUGGAUGUCCCAGAAAUGAAUUACACAUCUGAUGAUGAGCCGCAUCCUCGUGGAGAAAUCUGUGUUAGGGGUCCAAUCAUUUUUCAAGGAUAUUACAAAGAUGAAGUGCAUACGAAAGAGGUACUUGAUGAAGACGGAUGGCUUCAUACAGGAGAUAUAGGACUAUGGUUACCUGGAGGUCGUCUUAAGAUUAUUGAUAGGAAGAAGAACAUUUUUAAGCUGGCUCAGGGAGAGUACAUAUCUCCAGAAAAAAUCGAAAAUGUAUACGCUAAAUGCAGAUUUAUUUCCCAGUGUUUUAUUUACGGUGACAGCCUGAAUUCUUCAUUGGUAGCUAUUGUCUCAGUGGACCAAGAUGUUUUGAAAACAUGGGCUGCAACUGAAGGCAUUAAGGUGAUCUAUCUACCGCUGUUUUACAUUGCCGGAAAAUCAUGGAUACUGUUUGUUAGGCCAAAUUUCCUGUUGUCCUUGUACAAGGAUUUAGAACAACUGUGCAAUGACCGAACAGCAAGGGCUGCUGUCCUGUCCGAUAUGGAUGCCAUUGGAAGAGAAGCUCAGCUAAGAGGCUUCGAAUUUGCAAAAGCUGUGACUUUAGAACUUGAACAAUUCACUAUGGAAAACGGACUGCUUACUCCGACUUCAAAGAUUAAGAGACAUCAAGCAAAGGAAUAUUUCGCCAAAGCAAUUUCGAACAUGUAUGCGGAGCUCACUACAUCAGAUACCUCUUCUUAG